GGAAUUGAAUUCACUCGGUUUCGCAUAAAUAAAAAAGCUAGGGCUUAGCUUCACUAGCAAAGAAUCAAAUAAUCCACCUGAUUUUUUUUAUUUUCCACAAGCUUCCUCUCUUUGAUUUCUCGUUCUACGUCGCUCAUUCAUCCGCUUAAGAAGUAUUUGGAACCAUGCCGAAGAAUAAGGGAAAGGGAGGAAAGAAUAGGAAGAGAGGAAAGAACGAAGCAGAUGACGAGAAGCGCGAGCUCAUUUUCAAGGAAGAUGGACAAGAGUACGCGCAAGUGCUUCGUAUGCUUGGAAACGGCCGUUGUGAGGCCAUGUGUAUUGAUGGCACUAAGCGUCUAUGCCACAUUCGUGGUAAGAUGCACAAGAAGGUUUGGAUUGCAGCCGGUGAUAUUAUUCUUGUUGGGUUGCGUGACUACCAGGAUGACAAAGCUGAUGUUAUCUUGAAGUAUAUGCCGGAUGAAGCUAGGCUUCUCAAGGCUUAUGGUGAACUUCCGGAGAACACACGUCUCAAUGAGGGUAUUGCCGGUGGUCUUGAUGAGGAGGACGAUGGUGCCGGUGAUGAUUAUAUUGAGUUUGAGGAUGAAGACAUAGAUAAGAUCUAGAGCUUUAAAACUGACUACUGUUAUUUUUCUUUUAUGUUUCUUUAUGAAGUGAGAUGGUUCAUGAGAGUUUAUAAUAUUUUACAGAGCCUCACCUUCGGUUUGUGCUUGAUAAAUUGGUAAUUGAGAUGGUAAUCUGGUUGUAUGUCAUGUAUUACUUGUUAUCGCUUUAAGCCCUCUCAAUGUUAUAUUGUUCUUGUGAA